CUCAAGUUUUUUCUGACAGUUCCAUUCCAGUGUUUUCUUUCCCCCGCCAUGGGUGAUUUUAUGGUGAUAUGCGAUGGCAUCCAGUCCCCCCUCCUCGCAGAUCAGCACCCCCGCCCGAAGCUGCGCAGCCGCAUGCGACGCAUCACAAUGGCGGUUGCCGUGACGACGGUCCUGGUGGUGGUCGUGAUGCAGACCAGCAGCAGCAGCAUUAUGGGAGGACGGCCGUCACAGCCACACUCAGAUGGUGAGGGAUCUCGCUGUGUUGACGGUGGGAGAGGUGUUUGUUCACUGUCUGUGCUGUGCAUGUCCGCAGCGGCUGAGGGAGGUGUGUCGUCGUCCAUUGCAGCCACAGCGGACAUCGACUUGUCGGCGGCGAAUGAGAGCGAUGCAGGUAGCAAGAGCAUGAUGCAGUUUGCAAGUACGUCCAGCCAGACCCUUUCCCCGUCUGUCUGUCUGUUUGUCUGUCUGUCUGAAACAUGCGCUUCUUCAGGCAAGAGCUGGAUUGCCGCCCUUGUCGACUUCUGCAUCGACCAGCUCUCGCGCGUCCUCUCGCGCCCCGUCGUCCUCUACCCACUCAUAGCACUCAUCGCCCUCCCCUUGAUCGCCCUCACUAUCGCAUACACCUCCUCCCUCUGCCGUCGACGACGCGCCUCACGCGCACCACCCACCCCAGAAGACGACAAAGCAGAAGGAGACGACGGCGAGGGAGAGGAGGCCAAAGGCUGUGGUGGUGGUCCACGAAUGGUGGCCUUCAGUGACCGCACCACCUGCCACAGCGGCAGCUAUGACGCAUCGUCGAUCGGGUCGGUGGAGGGAGAGGGCGGCGGGGGCGGGCUGAGGGUGAGUGCGCCGACGCGGCAGCUGCUGAGCGCACCGAACGGGUCGCCUGCCCUGUCCCAGACCUCACAGGUGUCCAAGAAAUCACGACGGUGAGCGAGACGGGCAGGGGUGAGCGAGAUGGGCCGGAGAUACCAGUGUUUCCCCCUCUCUCUCUGGUGGUGUAAGGUCGUGGGUGCAUGUGGAGUCUGACGCCGGUGAGGCUUUGACGCCCCCGGCCUCCCCGCCCCGCCCCAUGGGCGGCGUGUUCAAGACCAUCGGCCGCAUGCUCAGCUUCGGCCGACUGCAGACGACCGGCCAGCAGGACACCGACGUGGCCAACACUGACGACCUGAACGCGUGGGACGAGCUGUGAGCCGAUCAUGCUGAUGCCGUUGAGUGUCGUGUGGUGUGGAGGGAGAGAGGCGAUGAGCGGUGUUUUUGGAUUCCAUGCAUCCACCUGUGUAUGUGAUCUGAGGGGUGGUGGAAGCUUUUCUUGGUUCAUGUGCCUCUGGAUGUUCGUGUGGCUGUUCGUGUGUGUGUGUG